AUGACCGAAGCUCGUCGCCCAUCCGAUAGCAGUCACAACAUUGAUCUAGCGAAUAAAGAGGAACCACUACAAUUUCCAACCCCCGAUGAUGCCACAAUUGAAAAGCUUGAAAAUGGACCCCAAGAACAAGAUGCCUCUGAGUCCGAGGCUGCAGCUCAUGCAAAAUAUAGCAUACUUCCCGCUAGUGAGAAGAUAUUUGUGAUAACAGCUGGGUCAUUUGCCGCCCUCAUAUCCCCUCUGUCAAGCAGUAUAUACCUCCCAGCCCUCGAUUCUCUUGCUCAAGAUAUGAAUGUGUCGAUUCCAUUGAUAAAUUUGACUAUCACGAUGUACCUGAUCUUUCAGGGAUUGGCUCCAUCUUUUAUAGGCAGCUUCUCUGAUGCCUAUGGACGACGUCCAGCAUACGUCAUUUCCUUUGUAAUCUACCUGGGAGCCAACAUCGGUCUUGCCUUACAAAACAAUUACGCUGCCCUGAUGGUACUGCGUUGUCUACAGUCCUCAGGUAGCAGUAGUCCCAUCGCAUUGGGAAGCGCCGUCGUGUCAGAUAUCACAACACGAGCAGAACGUGGAAAAUAUAUUGGAUAUGCUGGUCUGGGGAUGGCAUUGGGCCCAGCACUUGGUCCUGUGAUUGGAGGACUUCUCGAUCACUAUCUCGGAUGGAAAUCCAUCUUUUGGUUCUUGGUGAUUCUCUCUGGUAUAUGUUUUAUCGUUGUGCUGCUGGUUUUACCCGAGACCUGCCGAGUCAUUGUUGGCAACGGCUCUGUUAUUCCUCCAUGGUGGAACCAGCCGCUCUGGGUCUUUUUUGCACCAAACUCUCGGUUUCGAAAGCCGAAUGAAGAGCCUGAUUAUUCCUCCCUUCAGCCGUUGAAGCAUCGUCCAAACCCAGUCACUUCACUGCGAAUCGCAAUGCAGAAAGAGGCUGGCCUUAUUUUAUUUUACGGUGGUCUGAUUUUCUCAGGUUAUAUGGCCGUCCUGAGCACCCUCACCACGCAGCUGACCAGUAGGUAUGGGUUUAAUUCGAUCCAAGUUGGAUUAUGCUAUUUACCCAUCGGGGUUGGCUCCAUCUGCUCUCGCUGGACAGUAGGACGACUACUCGAUUGGAACUUCCGACGCGAAGCACGACUGCAAGGAAUGACGAUCGAAAAGAAUAAACAACAGGAAAUCCUCAACUUCAAUAUCGAGCGAGCCCGGCUGGCUAUCACGAUACCAUUGGUCUAUGGUGGGGCUUUUUUUCUCCUUGCUUAUGGGUGGGUUAUGGAAUAUAAAACCUCUCUAGCAGGUCCUAUUGCAAUGUUGUUCUUCGUUGGUCUCGUCACCAGUGGCGCCUUCAACACUCUGAAUACCCUCGUGGUGGAUAUAAACUACGAGAGCGCAGCCACUGCCGUUGCAGCUAGUAAUCUUUGCCGGUGUUUAAUGGGGGCUGGUACUACAGCCUUCAUAUCACCUUUGAUUGAUGCUAUUGGUAUCGGGUGGACUGGAACUUUGGUUGCGGCACUUUGGGUCGGGUUUAGUCCAGCCUUAUGGCUAGUUCAAUCUCGGGGUUAUGGUUGGAGGAAAGAGCUCCAUCAAAAAAGAGAAGAGAAAAAGGAGCAAGUCGAGAAGAAAUAA